GAAGGACCUUGAGGACAUGGAUCAGUUCGACAGCUUAGACAAGCAUACACAAUGGGGAAUUGACUUCUUGGAAAGAUAUGCCAAAUUUGUUAAAGAGAGGAUAGAAAUUGAACAGAACUAUGCGAAACAAUUGAGAAAUUUGGUUAAGAAGUACUGUCCCAAACGUUCCUCCAAAGAUGAAGAACCAAGGUUUACUUCAUGUGUAGCCUUUUUUAACAUCCUUAACGAGUUAAACGACUAUGCAGGACAGCGAGAAGUAGUAGCAGAAGAAAUGGCACACAGAGUUUAUGGUGAAUUAAUGAGAUAUGCUCAUGAUCUGAAAACUGAAAGAAAAAUGCAUCUCCAAGAGGGACGAAAAGCUCAACAGUAUCUUGACAUGUGCUGGAAACAGAUGGAUAAUAGUAAAAGGAAAUUUGAAAGAGAAUGUAGAGAGGCAGAAAAGGCACAACAGAGUUAUGAAAGAUUGGAUAAUGAUACUAAUGCAACGAAGGCAGACGUUGAAAAGGCCAAACAGCAGUUGAAUCUGCGGACGCAUAUGGCUGAUGAAAAUAAAAAUGAAUACGCUGCACAGUUACAAAACUUUAAUGGAGAACAACACAAACAUUUUUACGUAGUGAUUCCUCAGAUUUACAAGCAACUACAGGAAAUGGAUGAACGAAGGACUAUUAAACUCAGUGAGUGUUACAGAGGAUUUGCAGACUCAGAACGCAAAGUUAUUCCUAUCAUUUCAAAAUGUUUGGAAGGAAUGGUUCUUGCAGCAAAAUCAGUUGAUGAAAGAAGAGACUCUCAAAUGGUAGUAGACUCCUUCAAGUCUGGAUUUGAACCUCCAGGAGACUUUCCAUUUGAAGAUUACAGUCAGCAUAUUUAUAGAACCAUUUCUGAUGGGACUAUCAGUGCAUCCAAACAGGAAAGUGGGAAGGUGGAUGCCAAAACCACAGUAGGAAAGGCCAAGGGCAAGUUGUGGCUCUUUGGAAAGAAGCCAAAGGGCACAGCACUAGAAGAUUUCAGUCAUCUGCCACCAGAACAGAGACGUAAAAAACUACAGCAGCGCAUUGACGAACUUAACAGAGAACUACAAAAAGAAUCAGAUCAGAAGUAUUUUUCCAUUAAGUUCUCUCUACCAUUAUUAUUCCUUUCAGAGUCUAUUUUGAGUGAUGUGUUUAGGUGUGAUACCAUGAAUAAUAUUGACCGCCUGCGACCGGAAAUCCACAAGAAUGAGGCAUGGCUCUCUGAAGUUGAAGGCAAAACAGGUGGGAGAGGAGACAGAAGACAUAGCAGUGACAUAAAUCAUCUUGUAACACAGGGACGAGAAAGUCCUGAGGGAAGUUACACUGAUGAUGCAAACCAAGAAGUCCGUGGGCCACCCCAACAGCAUGGUCACCACAAUGAGUUUGAUGAUGACUUUGAAGAUGAUGAUCCUUUGCCUGCUAUUGGACACUGCAAAGCUAUUUACCCUUUUGAUGGACAUAAUGAAGGUACUCUGGCAAUGAAAGAAGGUGAAGUUCUAUACAUUAUUGAGGAGGACAAAGGUGAUGGAUGGACAAGAGCUCGGAGACAGAAUGGUGAAGAAGGCUACGUUCCCACAUCAUACAUAGAUGUAACUCUAGAGAAAAACAGUAAAGGUGCAGUAACUUACAUCUAAACUAACCAGGCAGCUUUGUGACAUAGGAAUGAUAACUUAAAACAAAAACACACUCAACGGGUGGGAUAACAUCAGAAAAUUUAAAGGGCAUCCAUGGUUUAUUGUUCACUAUGUGAGCUGAAUGCUCGAUCUUAAAGAUGUGAAUAUGACCACAAGAAACUGUUCUCGUUGAUGCUUUAACGUGAGUGAUGUUGGUGUGGAGCUUAAUUGGUGCCUUUUGCUUUAUGUCUUGCUUAAGUCUGUGUGAAGGAUUUGUGUUUUUCUGCCUUAUAAAGAAUGAAAUUUGACCUAUUGGGCAGGAAUCCAUAGAUAAAAGGUACCCCCUCCCAAACAUGUACAUACACACACUUCAGAAAACUCAGUGACUGUAGUAAAUUCAAAUAAUUAAAACUGCUAUGAAACGCUAUAAAAAGCUGAUUCCCAAAGAGUGGUUUUAUAUAGGCAUUUGAAUUUAGCUACAGUCUCCAAGAAGACAAGUAAUAAUAGUUGGCUAAUUGGAUAAAGUAAGAAUAUAACCAUUUUCAUUUUCCUCCCUAUUAAUUUUGGUUUUCUAAAAGAAGAAAAUAUGUACCUAGCACAAAAUCUAUUGUAGUAGGCAAAUCAAGAGACUUCCAAAAUAAAUCAAUCUGGUCUAGCUCUUAGGUGAAUAGAAUGGCUUUCUUUUGAGGCCUAAUAAUAUUUUCAGGCUUACUAGUAAUUUUCAGGAACAUACAAGCUCCCUUUCAAUUUAAUCGAAUGCUUGUAUUUUUUAUCUUGAAAAUGUCCUUUGGGAAAUAUCACUUUAGUGAUUAUUUAGCAGUUAUAAUAGGAAAAUAGAUUUAAAAUAAGCUAAGAUAGAAAAUCUUGACUGAGGGAGAAGUACUGACACGUUUUAUGUUGAAAAGAAAAACUUUUGAUUAAGUGGGUUGAGGAGGUUAUCUGUACUACAGUUUAGAGCAUUUCCUCAUUUUAGCUGGGUCACCAGUUAUUACAAUAGAUUUUUCCCCCCAAUUCAUUUCAACAAGCAUUUGUUGGUAGCACUGUACAAUCAAGGAUUGUGCAGUGCUAGUUGUGCUGGGAAUGAAGUGAAGAAGCAGCUACAAGCCUUGUCUUUAAUUUUGCUUGUGUUACAAAUUUUUCUGGUGUUUUCAGUAGCUGACUAUAAAAUAAUUUUAGGGACAUUUAGGACGGACGCUUUAAACUGAACACCCCUUUUGGUCUUACCAAAGGUCUUCAGUAAUUGUUCUUUUCUUUUUCCUCCUGGACUGCAGGUUCCUGAAGAGGGUUUCUGAGGAAAUGGGCAAGAUGUUGAAGGAGGUUACAUGCAGCUGCUUUUGGGGGGGAGGGUGUUAGAGUUGUCAGGCUCAGAGAGAGAGAAUGAGAGAAGCAAGAUGCAUGAGUGCAUGCAGACAUCAUUAUUUUUUACUAACUUCAUUAGCAUUUCCAUACAUUGUUUUAAAAAGUCAUUAAGUCCUUAAAUUCCUCUUUCACAAUUAUCCACAUGAAGGAAAAAAAGCUAACAAUGGCUAACCUUUUUUCCAUUUAUUUUAAUGACGUCCAAAUCAGAAAGAAUGCAGAGCUGUCAAAUUUGUCUUACAUUUGGCGGUCCCACCAGCACCAUCUCUAUCCCAGCUCUGUUUUAAUUGACUUUUAGAUUCAUUGUCUGUUAGAACCAUGGCCAUUUGUCAGUGUCUGCCUGCGCCACUUCUGUGUUUGCUUAACAUCCUGUUGCAUGUGUAGAGUGAGCAAGUUAGGUUUUUCAGGCAUGUGUUUAUAAUCCCUUGUUCUUGUCAAAGUCUUAGUUUUGUUUUACAUUUGUAGCGCAAAUCACGUUGUCAAACAUCUCCAGCACUAAUGUUCUCAUCCUGUUGUUUGUGUAUGCUGCUAUAACUUCCCCACUGCAAACAUUCCAGUUUUGGCAUUAUGAAGAACUAGUUUGUGAACCUGAAGUAUUUAUGAUAAGAAAAAGAAAACAUCUAUGCUCUAGCCUACAGCCCAGUUGAAAGAACUCUUUGAAGCGUGAUACAUCUUCCGCACCUCAGUCUGGGAAGAAUCUAUAGUCAGCACCGAAAUCCUGGCAUAGUAAACACAGAAGAUACUCACCACCUCAAGACAAAGGACUGUUGUCAGAAGUCAGCUGCUUCCAUUCAAAUGCUGCCUUAAACUAGAGUGCCUAAAUCUGUUGAUUGCCAACACUACCACUACAGUAUCCCACAAAGGGCUUAUGUGUCAGCUCAGUGUGACCUCCUUUAUCUCCCAGGGCUGCUGCAGCUGCGAUGUAGCCUCGGUGGGUGGCUUUUAGAGCUCUACCAUGUUUGACGGUGCAUCUCCAAAUUUAUGCACCAGACUAAAGACAUGUUCAAGUCCAUUUGACUUUACUCAGUGUUUUUAUGAGAAGUUUUAUGGACCUCUCCCCCACUUGUCUUUUAAUUUGGGGUUACCAUGUUCUCAUUUGAUUAUUACAAUGAUAGUCUGUUUCCAAGUGAUGCUUUUGUUUGAACCAGAUGAAAGUUAGUGAAACUUUGUAAUGAUCUAUGUGCACUUUUACUUGUAAAAUGGAGAUUUCUGUAUGUUUAUACUUGUAAAUAUAAUUGUCGUUAGUGCCCUAUUGCUCAUGUUGUCCUGCCUCGCAUUUGUGGUUCUGUUAAUGACUUGUAUCUUAAUUAAGUUCUUAGUGGUGUUUAAUAGGGAGGAGGGUGGGGGUGGGGGAAUAUUUCUACCAAUGGAAGCUUCAUUAAUUUGGUUCUUUACUGUUUUGAGGGAAGAAAGAGAACGUGAAAUGGUCUGUGUAUUGUUGGAUUUUAAGCAAUAUUUUAGAAGCUGUGUGACUGCUUUAAUAAUUUUUCCCAGUGUUAUUUGAUUCAUACUAGUUAUACUAAAGCUGAAUGACAAUUGUGUGAAAGUUAAUGUCUUCAUAAGAUCGAAUAUGCCCCUGUUACACAGCUGACGUAUAGUGUAUUACUUUUGAGGCUAGUAAACUAUGAAGUUUAGAUUUUGAAUCUCGUUACAGGGUUAUUUAUAUAAUGUGACAUUAUUCAAUACUGACAGACUACAUAAAGUAGUUUUAAAUCCUAGUGCUAUUCGUAUUUGAAAGGUAGCAAUGAGGAGGAAAUGUGAUCUGGCUGUGUUUGUCUUCUGUACAAAGCCUGAAGUGCUUGUGUGUGUUUGGCUAGCAGCCACAGAGGGCAAAGUUUAAGGUUUUCUUGUAAGGACUAACUGUUCUUUUCAAGCUACUGUUUGUUUUUCUAAAAGCAGGAUUUGCUUCCUUAGGAGGCAAGUUCCUUCACGUGGAAUAGUGCAACCUGUAUAUGGGUUAUUACAAUAGGACAGACAUUUGUACUUGCACAGUUUAAAUCAUUCUUAAAUUUUGAACAUGUGAAUUGUCCCAAAACUUUAAUUUUUCAAUAAUUUUUACUCUUUUUGUGCACAUGUUGAUUUCUUAAUGGUAAGUGCUUUGUUUAAGAUAGUGUUCUCUGUUGAGAAUAUUUUCAUGAAAUAAAACAAUCUUUUCAUGGUCGGUUAA